UAUGAUACUUUUAGGGAGUGGGGUGACACUACUAAUGCUACCAAAUUAUACCUGUACCAACUUUAUCCUUUCUGUAGUGUGUAUAUCGUUCCCACCAGUUCAGCUCACCGCGGAAGCCACUGCCCACUUGCAACAAAACAUAAAGAGAGUACCAGAUGUGAGAAGAAAAGACAGAGAAACACUCACACAUGAAUAUCUACAUACUUGUUUUUCUCGUUCAGUGGCUGGCGUGUGGUGGCUGCACUUCUGAUGUUCAUGUUGGUUACCAAGUAACUGUUGCUGUACCAAUAGAAUACAGCAGAGGGUUUGUGGGGAGGGCUUUUCUGAUGGAGACUGACCAAGCAGUGCUCAACUUUAAGGCUGCAAUUAGCGUUGAAGCAGUUGAUGAGAAGUAUACGUGCUCGCUUGAUGUUUUUCUUGGAGAUGUCAAGGUAUGGAGUUCUGGUCAUUUGUCACAGUUUUACACAACGGAGAACUGCAUUCUUGAGUUAACACAAAAUGGAGACCUAAGAUUGAAGGGCCAGAGAGGAAGUGUUGGGUGGCGAACAGGAACUUUUGGACAAGGCGUUAAGAGAUUAAACUUGCUACGGACAGGCAAUCUAGUUUUGGUUGAUUCCCAGAACAUGAUAAAAUGGCAAAGUUUCAAUUUCCCAACAAAUAUAAUGCUCUGGGGCCAGAGACUAAGUUCAAAAACUCGGCUGACUGCUUUCCCAAGUAACUCUAGUUUAUUUUAUUCACUGGAGAUCCACGAUGACAAGCUUGCAUUGUAUCUGAACUCUGGUAAGUGGAAGUAUUCUUACUGGGAAUUUAGGCCCUCUAAUAACCGAACUAUUACAUAUGUUGAAUUGACUUCAGAAGGAUUAGAGAUAUAUAAUGGUAUACAAUGGAGAAUUGCUCAAUUAAGGUCAAAAAUACAAGAACCUCCAAAAUUUUUAGCACUAGGGAACAAUUCAGGUAACUUGGGACUUUAUUACUACUCAGCUGACAAGGGAGUGUUUGAAGUUUCAUACAAGGCAAUCAACAGUACUUGUGAUCUUCCUUUGGUGUGUAAACCAUAUGGUAUUUGCACCUUCUCCAGUGACUGCUCAUGUAUAAGGCUAAUAAAAAGAGGAGAUGGAUUACUUUCGGAUUGCAGUGAAGAGAUAACUGGUGGGAUCUGUAAUACAAGUAGGGUAGAAAUGCUCGAGUUACGAGGAGUUACGAGUGUGCUCAGUAGCAAUUCUAAAAAGGUCAAUGUUAAGAAAGAAGUGUGUGCAAAUUUGUGUUUAGAUAACUGUACAUGUGUUGCAGCAUUAUAUUCACAAAUUGGUGAUGAUGCAAACCUGGGAGAAUGUUAUCUUUAUGGGUUAGUAAGAGGAGUUAAGCAAAUUGAAAGAGACAGCAAAUGGAGCUAUAUGGUUAAGGUGCCAAAGGAAGUUGAUCAGGGUCAUGGUAAACAUUCAGGUCUAAAGAAAUGGGUCUCCGUUGUGGUAGGAGUAGUUGAUGGAUUUGUUAUUUUAAUUGUUUUGGGAGGGAUUGGGUACUAUGUAGUUCAAAAGAGGAAAACGAGCACACAGAGUACAGAAGACACAAACUAACCUCAUUCACUCGGAAUUUUUCUUCAAGAGUUUCAAUAUCCAACUUAACAAUACAAAUAAACUGUUCAAUGCUUGAAGGCUUACUUUACAAUGUGGGAAUUAACUCAAAAUCAGGGACAAGUGGUAGAAUAGGUGCAUACCCACCAGACGUCUGGGUCUUGGACAAUCACUAGAAAAUGGUGAGAAUUCAUGUUUCUAUUUCAAGCAAAACCUUAUGACACUUGUGCAGAUAGCCAAGCAUUUGGCAGAAAAUCACCUCAAUCAUACAAAAGCUCAGCUAGAAAGAGUGGAAGCCACAUUUACAACUGAAUGAUAUACAACAAAAGGCAUAGAUGUAAAGACUUCAAGAUGAACCAGACACACAGAGGACCUCAACAAGAACGCAACAGGGUCACACUUACAAGUGCAAAUUUUCAAGCCUUAAAGCAUUGAAAAGAAGGGAAGAUAUACCUGAUGAGCUGAUGCCAAAGUGAAGGACCUGACUGUUUCCUCAAAGUUCACCUGAGAUGGCUGGAGGGAAGCAUUUCUCCUCACAGAUUCAAAUCAGACACUAUAAAAGGAGUAAAAGCUACCCCUGACAGCAAUUAGUUCUUCAUUCUUUCUUUUAACUUAAGUAAUGAUUUUGGUCUCUUACCCAAUUUGUUUAUCACCAUCUUUUUAGUUUCAAUUCUUUUUUACAUAUUGAUUUGUUCCACAGACCACAGUACACAACUGAAGCAGAAUUGAUAAAUCUAUUUAUUCAUUUAUUUAAUUUUCACAA